GGAGGGGCAAGGAGGGACGGCCGGUCCCGUCAGUCAGGCAGCGGGAGCCGCCAGGAGCGGAUGGCGGCGGUGGUAGCGGCCCCACUCGCCGCUGGGGGUGAGGAGGCGGCGGCUACAACCUCCGUCCCAGGAUCUCCGGGUCUGCCCGGGAGCCGCAGUGCAGAGCGGGCUCUAGAGGAGGCCGUGGCCACCGGGACCCUGAACCUGUCUAACCGGCGUUUGAAGCACUUCCCCCGGGGCGCGGCCCGCAGCUACGACCUGUCAGACAUCACCCAGGCUGACCUGUCCCGGAACCGGUUCCCCGAGGUGCCAGAGGCAGCGUGCCAGCUGGUGUCCCUGGAGGGCCUGAGCCUGUACCACAAUUGCCUGAGAUGCCUGAACCCAGCCUUGGGGAAUCUCACAGCUCUCACCUACCUCAACCUCAGCCGAAACCAGCUGUCAUCGCUGCCACCCUACAUCUGCCAGCUGCCCCUUCGAGUGCUCAUUGUCAGCAACAACAAACUGGGAGCCCUGCCUCCCGACAUCAGCGCCCUGGGAAGCCUGCGACAGCUUGAUGUGAGCAGCAAUGAGUUGCAGUCUCUGCCCUCAGAGCUGUGCAGUCUCCCUUCCCUGCGGGAUCUCAACGUUCGCAGGAACCAGCUGAGCACCCUGCCGGAUGAGCUGGGGGACCUUCCUCUUGUCCGCCUGGAUUUCUCCUGUAACCGUGUCUCCCGCAUCCCGGUCUCCUUCUGCCGCCUCAGGCACCUGCAGGUCAUUCUGCUGGACAGCAACCCCCUGCAAAGCCCACCUGCUCAGAUCUGCCUGAAGGGGAAACUUCACAUCUUCAAGUAUUUGUCAACGGAGGCUGGGCGGCGCGGGGGGUCUGCACUGGGAGACCUGGCCCCUUCCCGCCCCCCGAGUUUCAGUCCCUGCCCAGCUGAGGACUUGUUUCCGGGACGUCGGUACGACGGUGGGCUGGACUCAGGCUUCCACAGCGUUGACAGUGGCAGCAAGAGGUGGUCUGGAAAUGAGUCGACGGAUGAGUUUUCUGAGCUGUCGUUCCGGAUCUCGGAGCUGGCCCGGGAGCCUCGGGGACCCAGGGAGCGGAGGGAGGAUGGCUCUGCCGAUGGAGACCCCGAGCAGAUUGACUUCAUCGACAGCCACGUCCCUGGGGAGGAGGAAGAUCGAGGUGCUGGCGAGGAGCAGCGGCCACCAGAAUCGAGCCCCGUGGCAGGGGACAGGGAGAGGGCGCCAAGCAGCAGGCGGGAGGAGCCUGCAGGGGAGGAGCGCCGGCGCCCAGACACCUUGCAGUUGUGGCAGGAGCGUGAGCGGCGGCAGCAGCAGCAGCAGCAGCAGAGUGGGGUGUGGGGGGCGCCCAGGAAGGACAGUUUUCUGAAGUUGGGAGUCAGGGCUGCUGGUGGGGGUGCUGCUGCCUCAUCCGCUCAGGCCACCUACAACAGCACACCUAAGCCCAGUGCCCCCCAGCAGGGAGCUUCAGGGGGGCAGGGAGCCCCUGCCCCCACUCCGGCUUCCACCUGCCAGGAGCCCCUUCCUGUAGCUGAACCAGCAACCGCCCCGGCUCCCCGGCCGCUCGGCUCCAUCCAGAGACCAAACAGCUUCCUCUUCCGUUCUUCCUCUCAGAGUGGCUCAGGCCCUUCCUCACCAGACUCUGUCUUGAGACCUCGGCGAUCCCCUCAGCUGUUGGACGAAAAGGAGGUGAUGGCUCAACUGCGCCAGGUCCUUGAGUCACGGCUGCAGCGGCCCCUGCCCGAGGACCUGGCCGAGGCUCUGGCCAGUGGGGUCAUCCUCUGUCAGCUGGCCAACCAGCUGCGGCCACGGUCCGUGCCCUUCAUUCACGUGCCCUCGCCUGCUGUGCCAAAACUCAGUGCCCUCAAGUCUCGGAAGAAUGUGGAGAGUUUCUUAGAAGCCUGUCGAAAAAUGGGGGUGCCUGAGGCUGACCUGUGCUCGCCCUCGGACCUCCUCCAGGGCACCGCCCAGGGGCUGUGGACCACCCUGGAGGCUGUGAAGCGGGUGGGGGGCAGGCCUCCCCCACCCCUCUGGCCUCCCUCUGGUCUGGGCGGCUUCAUCUUCUUCUACGUCGUCCUCAUGCUGCUGCUCUGUGUCGUCUACACUCGGCUCCUGGGUUCUUAGGACCUGAAGUCACCCCUGCCCUUACCCCCUCGCCCUGUUUCUAUUUAUAAGACUCCCGUGGGAGCCCCAUCCCCACCGGUGGUGCCUUCAGCCCCUACCAAAGACACUAGUGAGCCCCCUCCCCUCAGAAACACUGACCUCAGAGGCCCCACUCUGGUGCCCCCAGACCCUGGGCCCGCAGCCUCUGGCCGGCCUCCUGUAGCCCCUCCCCUCUCAGCGCUGACGGUGCCUUCAAGCCUCUCCCUGCCCUGCCCUCUGCUUCCCCAGAGGGUGGAUCCUAAUCUCCCCCCACCCCCCGCUAGGGGGGGCUAAAUUAUCUAUAUUUUGUAGAGAGAACUCUAUAUUUGUAGGGGAUGAGGGGCCCAGGCUGGGUCCCUGUCUCUUGUAUAAAUUGUACAGACUGUGGCCACCUGUGUGUGUGUGUGUGUGUGUGUGUGUGUGUGUUUGCGUCUGCUCCCUCUGUGCCUGGGCCCAGCCCUGGCCGUGUCCCUUGGGCUCCAUGUGCCAGCCUGCCUACUCCAGCAUUUCCCUCUGGAAAUGUCAGGUCUCUCCUUCCCUCUGAGCCUUGGCCCCCUGUGUCAUCUUCCUUCUGUCACCCACUGGCAGCUUCCUUGCAUCUCAUUUGUCCUCAAGCCAUGUCCAGGGUGCCCUUGACCUUUGUCCCCUACAUGCUGUCAGCCACCUUUGCCCAGGCUCCUCCAGGGUGCCUUCCACCCUACAGCCGAGAGGAGGAGGUGACAAGAACUUAACCUGGCCCCUCCCUCCAGGAGUCCCUGUGCCAGCCCCACCACAUCCUGGAGGAGGAGGGGGCUCCGGGAAGGGGCCUCCCCUACAUCGCUGCUGUCGUCCACGCACUGCUGGAACGGCCUUAGGGGUUGAGGUCGGGGGUGCAGGGCCGCGACCGGGCCAGGACCCCAGGAACAGAAGACAGACACGCCUGGGCUCUGCUCUCUAGCGAGGACUGGUGAGGGCGGCCUCGGGCCUGGCCCUGUUCCUCGGGCACUUCGGCCUGAGAGAUUGGAAGCCGGCCCAGCAAGGCGCGUGGUCACCUCUGGGUGCGGCCGUGGGUCUGGGAUGGCAGGAGGGCCCUGAAUAUUGUGUCAAGUGCAAUAAAGAGAGGCCAGAAGCCA